AUGGCCUUCCAGACAGCCGAGAGCAUCCGAUCGUCGUUCGCUCGCCAGAGCAAGCAGCACCGUAAGGCGCUGAAGCACCCACUACUUGCGCGCCGAAUUCAGUUCAAAAAGUCGACACUGACUCAGUUCCGAUCCUCCGAGUCGUCGACAACCACGCGCUCGUCCGAACCUACUAUCGAGGAGUCGGAUCAGCCGCCGCCUCCACCUGUUCCGCCUCAGAACAGGCUGUUCCCUCCAAGCGCUCUCUCCUUCGAAUGGGACUCGAUCUUCCCGAUUGGCCCCGGCCUCAACAACCUCGGCAAUACCUGUUUCCUCAACUCGGUGCUGCAGUGUCUCACCUACACAGCGCCGCUCGCCAACUAUCUUAUGACGGGACAUCACAUGAAAACCUGCAAGAACACAGCCUUCUGCCUGCUGUGUAUCCUCGAAAACCACAUCCAGACCUGUUUCGGCGGCAAGCCCAAGUCCGUGGUCAGCCCAAACGCGAUCGUCAAGAGGCUCAAGAGCGUUGCCAAGCACAUGCGCGUCGGUCGUCAGGAGGAUGCACACGAGUUCCUGCGCUACUUUAUCGACGGCAUCCAAAAAAGCAGCCUGCUCGAUAACCGUCUGAAGGAAACUACGCUGGUCUACCAGAUCUUUGGCGGUCAUAUCCUCAGCCAAGUCGAGUGCCUGUCAUGCCACUACAAAUCCAACACAUACGAUUUGAUUUUGGAUCUGAGUCUGGAAAUCAAGCACUGUGACACGCUUGAAAAGGCGUUCAGUCACUAUUCCAAACCCGAGAGGCUCUACAAGAGCAACCAGUACAAGUGCGCCCGAUGCAAGAAAUACGUCGAUGCCCAGAAGCGUCUCACGAUCCAUGACCCACCGCCGGUGCUGACUGUUCAACUGAAGCGCUUUGAUUUCCUGCGCUCUGGAAUGAAGAUAAACAAGCCAAUUGCCUUUGAUGAAUAUUUGGAUCUGAAGCCGUACAUGACUGUCGGACAGAGCACCCCCUCGCGCUACGAGCUGUACGCUGUGUUGGUUCACGCGGGCGGGUCAUGUAACUCAGGCCACUAUUAUUCCUUUGUGCGCUCUUCAGCAAACACGUGGUAUUCCAUGAACGACAGCGAGGUGCGACAAGUUAGUGUUGGCACGGUUUUGAAGCAAUCGGCGUAUAUUCUGUUCUAUCGACUGAUACAGUCCCCCAGCAACACAAAGAAAGAGGUACGGGCUUGGCUCGGCUGCGAGCGCUAUGCAAUUUGGCCAGGCAUACGCCGAGACUGCAACUGA